AUGAAGAAAAAUAUUUAUGCAUUUGUAGAGUAUUUCCCUAAAUGGAAAAGGGCUAUAGAUACACAUAAAAAUAAUAUUAAUCAGACUUUAAUAAAUAUAUGUAUUGAAAAAAGUAAUUUUAAGAGUAAAAUAUCAACUUUUAGUGAAAUAUGUACUCAAGCUAUGCCUUAUAAUUUUGAAAUACAUAAUAGAGGUAGCAAUACAUUAGAUGAAGCUGCGUGUAUAUAUCUCUUUUAUUGGUUAUAUAAGUAUCAUCUUAUGAAUGGAAAUAACGAUUACGACUUUAAAAAUAUAUAUAAAGAAUUGAUCAGUAUAUAUAAUAAUAUUAAUACCGAUAUCAAUAUUAGUACGGAUUAUGAGAAAAAUGUUAAUGAUGAUGACUUGAAAAAAAUUGCAGUUACAUAUGAUUUCACUCCAUAUGGUUCAAGGAUAUAUCAUAAAAUAAAAGGAGAGAAAAAAAAGUGGAAUAAUAUGCAUGAAGAAAAUGAUAUAUUAAAAAUUUCUGAAUUAUCAAAAUGCAAUAAUAGAAAUACAAACUAUGAAAUUGUAUAUAAUUUUAUAUAA